CACUUGUCAAAUAAUUUCACAAAAACGAAGGAGUUGGAAACGAACAGAAUAAAAGUUUUCAUUUUGCGAUUUGUAUAAUUGUUUUCAACAAAUUUGCACAUAGUUUUCAUAACGAAGUUGUUUAAAAUUGCGCAAUAUUAUUAAGAGUUUAAUAUCUAAUAUAUUGUUGUAAAAUAAGAAUUGAAAACAAGUCGAAAUGCCAAAACGUGGUGGUCGGGCUAAUAUGAACGGACCUAGUGGUUCUCGUUUCGUAGCAUUUAAUGAUUUGGACGAUCGAGAUGAUCGCGAUCGUGACCGUGAACGUGAUAACACGCGGAAGGAUCGCAAUACACGUAGAGUUAGCUUUAAACCAUCAUUGCUACAAUAUUCUGGUGGUAUUAAAAGGAGAAUGGCUGAGAUAGCUAUACGUUCACAUUUAGAAGAUGAUGAAGAUAUGGGUGAUAUGCCAGGAACUUCCAAGCCGGACAACACACGCCGAAAAGGGUCACCUAUACCUAGAAAAAAGUUUGGGAAUACAAUGCAUUUAUCAAAGUCACCAUUUGGCUGGUAUCAAAUUUCGAUAAACAAUGGACAACGUUAUGCCAAGGACGAACUCGUGAGCGUACUGCAGCGCGCCAUACAGCCGGAGCAGCUGAUACCGCUCUACUGGCGCAGCGAAAAGAACUACAUAUCAUUCUUUGUGGAUGAUCAUCGAGUCGCUGAGCGUUUGGACGGACUCGAGCGCGCUGUGCAAAUGCCCGAUGGCUUCAGACCGUAUUUGCGCGUACGUGCCUCAUGUCCUUCGACGCCAAUCAAUGACCAGUUAAAGGCACGCAUGCAAGUGGUCAUGGCAAAACGUUACAAUGCGCAGACCAAAGCGCUGGAUAUGUCCAGCUUCCAUGCAGAUCCCGACUUUCGUGGCAUAUUUUGCGGCAUCUUUCGCACACAUGUCAUGUCGGCGGCGAUCGAAAUAAUGGAGAAGAAUAUACCGGAUUUGGUUGCGCUCAAUUUGAACAACAACAACAUAUCGUCCAUGGAGGCAUUCAAAAAUGCGCACACGCGUCUGCCGAAUUUGCGCAUUCUCUACUUGGCUGACAACAGAAUACCGACUGCAACGCAUUUGAUCGCGCUGCGUCAUGUACCGUUCAUCGAAUUGGUAUUGAAAAAUAAUGGACUCUGCGGCCGCUACAAAGACCACGCGCUUUACGUCAGGGAGAUCCAGCGUAAAUUUCCGAAGUUGCGCAAAUUGGACGGUGAAGAGCUGACGCCGAUGAUUCAGUUCGAUGUGGGCGAAGAAGUUGCUGUUCUCCCUCAUGCAAAGGCUUCUUUCCUUUGCGAUCCAAAUGGCACUGAAAUUAUACGUCAAUUCCUGGAACAGUACUUUUUGAUAUUCGAUUCGGAUAAUCGUCAGCCUUUGCUUGAUGCUUACCAUGACCAAGCGAUGCUCUCACUGGUUGUGCCACCAGCGAGUCAAGUAGGCCGGCUUGAAAAAUAUUGGCGUUACAAUCGCGAUUUUCGUCGUCAAAACGCCGAUGACAAUACAAAGGUGCGCCAGUUACGUUUCGGUCGGCUUGCUGUGGUAUCAAUGCUCGCCGAGUUGCCUAAAACCAAGCAUUAUCCACGUUCUUUCACCGUAGAUUUAACAUUGUUUACCCCGAAAAUGAUCGUUUUCACUGUGGCCGGCAUAUUCAAAGACAUUGAUGAAGAGACCGAAGAAUUACGCUAUUUUCAGCGACAAUACAUAAUUGUGCCUGCGGGCAGCGGCUUUUGCAUCCGAAACGAAAUGGUACUAAUCACGGUAGCCGCACCACAACAAGUGCGCUUCUUUAAAAAGAAAAUAGAGACCGUUACCACAGCUCAAUUGAACAACGAAGCCAUGGCACCUAGUUCGAGCAUAUCUUCUAGCCUACAGAACCGAUUGCAUAUCAACCAGCCUAGCACCUCCGCAGCUGCAACAUUGCAAGCGCCACAGCUAGGCAUUGAUGAGGCAACAAAAAUACAAAUGGUGCAAUCGUUAUGUGCACAAAGUAAUAUGAACAUCGAAUGGAGUAAGAAAUGUCUAGAGGAAACCAAUUGGGAUUACAAUCAUGCUGCGUUUGUAUUUGACAAACUGCACAAGGAAAAUAAAAUACCACCGGAAGCCUUUAUUAAGUAAAUAAUAGGCUACUAUUAGUUAAUUGUCGCACUGCGCUGUUUAACCACGCACAUGGUAGAUUUUUAAGCAUUUAAAUAAUUCUGAAUAUUGUGAAUUACGCCUCUAUUACAUUGCAACAUUAUAAUGCUAAGCUGCAUGAAAAUCAAAACAUUUGAAGAAACACUAUUGAUUUACAAAGAGAAAAAAAGCUUUGCAAGGAGUAUGAUUUCAUUGUAUUCACUGAGAAAAUAUACAGUUUUUGGUUUCCUUUAAGCUCAAUUCGAAGAUGUUUGGCAAAGUUAAUAUUUGAUUAACCGGAAUAAUAGGAAUAUUGUUUCGUAUAUGUAUUAAAGCAAUUCCUACCUAAAUUAAAUUUUGUACCUAUAAAAUAAUGUUUUUAUAGAAAGGCUAAGAUAAAAAUAAAAACAGUAAUGGUUUUGUGAAAACUUAUAAAAAUUAUGUAAAUAGUUAAUAAUUUUUGUUCAUAUUUAAAACCUCGUCAUAUAUCUAUAUGUAUUUACAUAUAUCAAUGAAAUAUAAGCAAACAUUAAAA